AUGCAGCGAUUCGGUUCAUUCCAAAAGCCCCCGGGCUAUGUCGUCGCCAGCAUUAUCUGCUCUUUGGGUGGUUUCCUAUUCGGCAUCGACACCGGCAUCAUCGGCCCUGUUACCGUAAUGGAGGACUUCACAGCAUAUGUCGGCAACCCUUCCCCGACAAUACACGGUCUAAUAGUCUCUUCCAUCCUGAUCCCCGCUGCGAUCUCAUCCUUCUUCGCUGGGAGGGUAGCAGACGUGCUUGGCCGCCCCUAUGCGAUUGCUAUUGGUUCUCUUAUUUUCGGCGCCGGCGCCGCUCUCGAAGGCGCCUCGAUUCACAUUGCCAUGUUUAUAGUCGGCCGCGUCAUUGAAGGAAUCGGCGAAGGCCUCUAUCUUAGCGUGUUAGUAGUUUAUAUCUGCGAAAUAUCUCCGCCGAGAUCUCGCGGCGCUCUGACUACCGGGCCCCAGUUGCUCACCACUCUUGGAUUAGUCGCGGGGUUCUUCACCUGCUACGGCACUGCUAAUAUCCAGUCAUCAUUUUCAUGGCGUCUACCGUUUAUCUUACUCGCCGCUUAUUCCAUUGCAUUCUCCAUCGCCGCUCUUACGUGGCUUCCUGCGUCUCCGAGAUGGCUUACACUUCAUGGGAAGACGAAAGAAGCAUCUGCGGCCUGGGAAAAACUUGACGUCCCUAAUGCUGAUCGAGAGAAGAUUCUCGGCCAAUAUGAUGCUUCGGUGGUGGAAACCGCUAUCCCUGAUGCAAGUGGCGACACAGUUGCUGUGCACGUUACUUCUACCACCGCUGCUACUUCGAAGUCGAAGAAGACGAAUUUUCUCGAUGUGCUCUCCUCGGACGCUCGCCCACGUCUCUUCUUGGCAGUCUUCCUUAUGGGUAUGCAGCAACUGAGUGGCAUCGACGGCGUUCUUUACUACGCACCCCUCCUUUUCCAACAAGCCGGUCUAUCCUCGAACGAGUCCACGUUCCUCGCCUCAGGCGUCUCGGCCAUCGUUAUCUUCGCCGUCACCAUCCCAGCUGCUAUCUUGGCAGACAAGUGGGGUCGGCGCGCGAACACCAUCCUCGGUGGUCUGGGUAUGGCCAUAACCAUGUUCCUCAUGGGCUCAUUAUACGCAGGGGACGCAGUCCAUGCCAGCACCGGUGCCGGGCGGUGGGUGGUAAUAGUAUGCAUCUACGUAUUCGCGGUGAUCUAUUCGCUAUCAUGGGCAGUCGGAGUCAAGAUCUACGCAGCGGAGAUCCAGCCGCAACGGACCCGAGCGUCCGCGACUAGCAUCGCCCACGGCAGCAAUUGGUUGAGCAAUUUCCUAGUGGCGCUUGUGACGCCCACACUGCUCGCCCGCACCAGCUACGGGGCGUACUUCUUGUUUGGCGGCUGUGCCCUGCUCACUGCCGCCGUGUGCUUCAUCUUCAUGCCUGAGACUCGCGGUCUGAGUCUUGGCGAGAUUGACCAGGCGUUCACGCGACAAGCCACCCGGGUCAGUGCGCUGAGAGGGUUCGCGAAAGGUCUCCGGAAGAAGGUACGUGUUCGCGAGGGAGUGCCGGCUCCGGUCGGCAUGGAUGCUUGA